AAACAACACUACAACGCGUACCUUCAAAUAAAACACAUACCUUUCAACCUCUACCUCUUUCUUUACUCUUUCUACAACAUCCUUGCUACAAACUCACUGUAAGUACAUAUAUCUUUUGAUCUACUUCUUUGUCUUGUGUAUACUUCACUAACUCAUCUUAAUGUUAGCAAAUGGCUCGUAUUAAGCAAACUGCUAGGAGAUCAACUGGCGGCACAGCACCAAGGAUGCCACUUGGAUUACAGGCUGGCUCUAGGCUUGGUGGAAAGGGAAAGGGAAAGGAAAAGGCUGUGCGCACAGCAAGAAAAGCUCCAGUUCGCUCAUCUCAAGCUUGCAACAAUCAUGCUCAGAAGGCCAUGCGCCGUGCAAAGUCUGGCACCAAGGCUCUCCGCGAUAUCAGAAGACAGCAACUUGAUACUCGCCUGAUUAUUCCAAAGCUCUCAUUCCAGCGUCUUGUUAGGGAAAUCGCACAAGACUUCAAGUCCAAUCUUCGCUUCCAGCAAUCUGCUAUCCUAGCUCUCCAGGAAGCUGCCGAAUGCUUCCUCAUUCGAGAAUUUGAGAUGACAAAUCUCCUUGCUAUUCAUGCGAAGAGAGUGACAAUUCAGGCAAAGGAUAUGGUAUUGGUUCGGCGUUUGCGGGAUAUGAUGUUUAAUCAUGGAGCUGUAGGCUUAAUCGAUGGAAAUGUCUCUCACCCAGGAAUGAAGGUUAGAUAAGUUCUGGCAACCUUCUGGUAACCUGGUACCUAAAGGCAAAGGUUAUAGUGUGGAAUAGGAUAUCAACGACAUGGGAAUGGAGUUAUUGAGUUAUGGCGUUUUACGAUAUCGAUAUCAAUGUGAAGUCACGAUCAC